AUGGAAUUCACAAAAGUAAAGGAAAUGGAAAACAUACUUGUUUGCUCUCAAACCAGUAAUUCCUCUUGCUUGAAAGAAAUUCGGUCCACAGCAAUUAAUGUCAUGCUAUAUAUCCUUUUGUUAACUGGGAUACUCAUCACUGUGUGUGGUAACCUAGUGGUGAUCAUUUCUAUCUCUCACUUCAAACAUCUCCACACUCCAACUAAUCUUCUGGUGCUCUCAAUGGCUGUUGCAGACUUUUUACUUGGAUUGUUUGUGAUGCCAUUCAGUAUGAUCAGGUCUGUUGAAACAUGCUGGUAUUUUGGAGAUACCUUUUGUUUUUUUCAUGCAAAGAUCGACUUGAUUUUGUCUACUGUUUCAGUUUUUCAUUUGAUAUUCAUUGCUAUUGAUCGUUACUAUGCUGUGUGUGAUCCUUUAUUGUACUCCUCUAAAGUAACAAUGCCUGUGGCAUGGCUGUUUGUUACAGUUAGCUGGAUUGCUGCAGUUGUAUACAUAUGUGUGUUAAUUACUUUCAAAGGAAAUACUGACGGUAUGGACGGCUUUGAUCCAUGUCCAGGAGACUGCAUUAUUGUCUUUAAUGCAGUGUGGGGAACUCUGGAUACAGUGUUUACAUUUUUCUUACCAUGUUGUGUUAUGCUGUCCAUCUAUACAAAAAUAUUUUCUGUGGCAAGAAGGCAUGAAAAGGUAAUCUGUACAAUACAGGACCAAAUACAAUCAAGAGAACACAAAAAAAUGAAAAUACCUCGCAGUAAAGACAGUAAAGCAACUAAAACAUUGACUAUUGUUAUUGGAGUCUUUGUUAUUUGCUGGUUACCCUACUUUGUUAACAGUGUAAUGGAUCCCUUCUUAAACUUUUCUACUGCUCCAGCUGUCGUCGAUGCUCUGCAGUGGCUGGGGUACUUCAAUUCUGGCUGUAACCCAAUCAUCUAUGCUCUGUUUUAUCCUUGGUUUCAGAAAGCCCUGAAGCUCAUUGUAAACUGUAAAAUAUUUAAUCCAGGAUCUUCUUUAAUAAAUUUGUAUGCAGAAAUCCAUUAA